AAAGAAUCUCUCAAGAAUUUUAAGAACGUGUUUAUUUUAAAGUUGCAACCAUCAACUCUACCGCGUUAAACUAACGUGGCCAAACAACUUAAUGUAAAUCGAUUCAGUCUACUCAAGUCAAGUCACAGUAUAUUUUACUGAUUGAUCGGUGGCGUAGAGGUAGGUUGCAAACGCGAGUUUGUUCUUUAUUGCGCUUUGACUUUGUGACAGUUUAUUGCGCGUCUGCAAGCUUGGAAAUUCGUUUGUUUAUUUAUUAUGUUGACGUAAUGUUGUAAUUUAACGGUUCCGCUACAAGAUCCAUUGUGUUCCGAUGCAUCUCUGUUGUAUUAAGUAGAAAAUACUGAAUGGCUUCCAUGUUGAAUAUUGUAUAAGUGUUUUAGAACUUCGUAAAGACAGAGACAGGAUUGAAAAAACUGACGAGCGGAAUAACGGCAACAUGGACAGGCUAGUGGCUACAGCGACAUCAACAACUGUGAACAAAAUUGAUAACAGCUCUAACAGCAGCAGCAAAAAUGGUGAUGAUGAAGAAGACUCUGACAGCAAUGGACAGCAAACCUGUGUGAACAACGGAACUAAUAAACACAAAGAAAACAUGUGCAAGGUCAAAGAUAUAACGAUAAGGAUCGCCAAAAGGGCUGCCUUAUUCAUGGUAGGCUAUUUAAUAUGCUACUUCAAUUGGUCGCUUACGAUACCAAUUUUAACCAUAUGCACACUAGUAUGGUUUGAAACUAAAACUUCGGACAAAAGUAGAAAAAUUUCGAGUAAAUCGAAGGCCAGUUCGAUGACUAAAAAACAUUUGAUGAAAGUUGUAGACGAACUGCCAUCGUGGGUAACAUUUCCUGACAGAGAGAGAGCAGAAUGGUUGAAUGAGAUAAUAGCACAGUUGUGGCCUAGUAUUAGUAGUUUUGUUGUGAAAAAAUGCAGAGGAUCUCUCCAAACGAAAAUCAGGAAAAAAUUUGAAUCUUUCCGAUUUGAAGAUAUCGACUUCGGCUCAACACCUCCGAAAAUAGAUGGUGUUAAAGUUUAUAACAGGACAAUAACCAAAGACUCCAUUAUUAUUGACUUCGAUGUUUAUUACGAUGGUGACUGUGACAUAAAAUUUUCCAUGUCUGGUACUCAAGUUGGUUGUGUUAAAGAUUUCCAAGUGGGCGCUGAACUGAGAAUAGUACUGAAACCGCUUAUGAUAAAAAUGCCAAUAAUUGGUGGGAUUCAAGUGUUUUUCCUGAACACACCUGAUAUAAAUUUCGAAUUGGAUGGAAUUUCUGGUAUACCAGGUUUGAGCUAUUUCAUACGUCAGAAAAUAGAAGAAAAAAUCACUAAGAAACUAGUUUUUCCCAAUAAAGUUACCAAGAGAUUCUCCAAAUCUGUGGAAGCAGUGGAGCUAAAGGCGUUAGAACCUGCUGGAGUUUUAAGAGUUCAUGUCUUUGAAGCAAAAGAUCUCGAAAGAAAAGAUGUGACAGGAAAGUCUGAUCCCUAUGUUGUGUUGACAGUAGGCGCACAAGAAUAUAAAACGCACGUUGUCAAAAGAGAUUUGAACCCAAAAUGGGACUACUGGUGUGAGUUUGCGAUUUUGGAUCCACUGGGACAACAUAUGCAAUUCAAACUUUUUGAUCAAGAUGAUUUGAAUGAGGAUGAUUUUAUGGGAAGCGGAAUUGUGGAGAUAGGCAAAGUCAUAAAAGAAGGCAAGAAUGACAAAUGGUUCAAAUUAGAUAACGCUAAACAUGGAAAAAUUCACUUGAGAUUUACUUGGUUGGGAUUGUCAGCUGAUCGUAGUUCACUGAAUGCGGCAUCAGAAGAGAUCAAACUUCUGAAAGUUGCAGACAUCAGUACAGCUCUUCUCACUGUAUACUUGGAUUCAGCCCAAGGAUUGCAGAAAAUAAAAUCCAAAAAACCUAACCCCUACGCCAUCCUGACAGUUGGCAACAAACAGCAGAAGAGCAAAGUCAAAAAACACGCUGUAGAUCCUGCUUGGGAACAGGGAUUCUCCCUGCUCGUCCCGAACCCUGACAACGAUUCUUUGAACAUUAGUAUCAUUGACAAACACAGUGAUGCCAAAUUGGGGCAUUUCGUGUACAACAUCAGGAAUCUCUACGAAGUGCCAGAUCUGCAGAUCAGCAAAGAAGAAUUUGUGCUGAGUGACUCUGGAAAAAUUAUCGUCUCUUUGCAGCUCAGGAUUUUGACACAUGAAAACUUCGAAUGUGACGACAGCGACACAGACUCAGAAAAUGAAGAAUUUUCCAGAAAUGCCUCAGUUAGAUCGUCAGCCAUGUCCCACCGAUCGCUAUCCUCUUCUAGUAAUUCAACUCCUCCUCCGAAAUCUCCAGCUAACCCCACUCAUCCUACGCAAGUGGAAAAUGAUGAAGAAAUCAUAGAAGAUAUCAUGAGGAGUACUUCGAACAAUGCCAGUGUUACAAGGAGUCCCAGUUUCAAAGUGAAGUCAGGUUUAGGACAAAUUGAUGUGACCUUGUUCUAUAGUGGGCCUAGGCAGAAAUUGAUAGUGACUGUUCACCAAAUUACGAAUUUACCACUUAAAAAUCCCAGUGAUAUACCAGACCCCUAUGUGAAACUGACAUUAACAUCACCUGGAGCGCAUAGGAUAAAGCACAAAACUAAGGUCAUCAUGGACAACUGUGAUCCAGUCUUUGAAGAAACAUUUGAAUACCUUAUGUCAGUAUCAGAUCUUUCGAACAACAAAUUGUUGCUAACUGUUAAAAGUAAAAAAUUCUUCAACUCGAAUGUACUUGGACAAGUGGUGCUGAAUUUCAAAAACCUUCAAAAUUUGCAAGAGCCUUACAGAGACUGGUUUGAAUUGUCGCAGGCAGAUGAGUCAGACUAAAUUGUGCCUACCUAAGUAUAUUUUUGUAAUCCGAGCUGUUUUUACAUUUUAUGUUAAUGUAGUUAUCUAUAUCUUCUCAUAUGUAUGAGGCUAUACCUACUAUGUAAACAAGUUGUUUUGUGAUAAUAAUAUAUUUCAAUUUCGAAUAUAAUAUUCCACCAU